AUGCCGCUGUUCAAUUCCCAAGGGGACGGCAGCGAGCAAGAUGUCCGGCCAGAGCUUCGGGACAGCCCCGAACAAGAAGGCGAAAGGCCGCCAGACGAAUACACCCGACUGUUGCCCAACCGGGUCAACUCGACUAGAGAGCUUCUCUCGCCAGAUGACCCUGCGGUGUCGCCCUACAAUCUCUUCAGCAUCCGUUUUCUCCGUUAUGUUACUCUAUUCUUCACUGCGCUGACCUUCUUAUGGUGGGUUAUCUUGCUCGUGUCUGCGUUCGCCACGCCUCCUGGGUUCCAUACCAAAGGGAGCGGCUUCUUUGCUUUUGGCUACACGAGCUUGACAUUGCUGAAUAUGUUCUUCACGCUGUUAUUCUUUGGAGUGCCAUCCAAGUCAGUAAGAAUACUUGCAAUCGUAAUUGCCGCUUUUCUUGCGCUCGAUGCGAUCCUCCUUGCCUCUGUUCAGAAAACGAGGUAUGAGGAAGGAUGGGUUGGAAUUGCCAGCGUUAUCUGGGCUCUCUUAAUGAGCCUCUGGUCCAUAAUCACCGACAGAACUGUCCAAUGGGGCAAGGCAGAGGAGGAGGAAAGGCUGACUGGACGCGCGGAAUCAAGGAAAAGCCUCACAGAAUGGCUCGAGGUUCUCCUCUCCUCCAUUGGUUACUCGGUGAUGGUUGUGGCCGUUGCUCUGAUAACCCUAGCCAUCAUUCUCCGAGCUCUGGAUGCAAAGGUCGCUCCUCCAGGGAAGCUGUAUUGGGUUGACAAUGAAAAGUAUCGCAUCCACCUGUAUUGCCAAGGGAACAAGACGGACGAGAAUGGCAAGACGGUCACAACAGUCUUAUUCGAGGGAGGUGAGUGGCCGGUCGAACACGGCCUAUGGGGCUUUGCAGACAAUGCGGUCAAGAAUGGGUCUAUUUCUCGCUAUUGCUUUGCAGACCGUCCGGGACUGGCUUGGUCGGAUACCGCCCCAUCGCCGUCGUCCGCCGGCUUCGUCGUGGACGCCUUGAGCGAGGCGCUGGCCAAAGCAGAGGAGGGCGGGCCCUUUGUUCUUGCUAGCGCAGGAAUCGGGUCCUUGUACUCGCGAGUCUUUUCAGCUCGCCACAGUCACGAUGUUCGGGGCUUGCUGUUGAUCGAUCCCCUGCACGAAGAUCUGCUGGGCCCCGGUGCGGCGCCAGGCCGAGGCUUCUGGCUGUGGUUGAGAGGCGUCAUCUCGCCGCUUGGGCUGGACCGGAUUCCGGGCGCGAUAUUCAAGGGACGCACUAGCCGUGACCGGAUCUAUGGCCGGUCUGCAUAUCAGACGGGAAAAUUCAUCUUCGCCAAGCUGCAGGAGAGCUUGGUGCUCAACUCCUUCACCAAGCGAGACGUCGACAGCAGCAGGCAGAUUCAGGAAAGGGACACGCCGCUGGUUGUGAUUAGCUCAGGGCGCAGGGUCAAGGCGAGCGAUGAGUGGUCAGCCAAGCAGCGGGACCUGACGAGGCUGACUGACAAGCUUCAGCACUGGGAUAUCGUGGACGAUGCACCUCAUGAGGUCUGGCGGACCCUGGAGGGUCGAGAGAAGAUUGAGAAGAGGCUGAAGAAGAUGGUACAAAAAUAACAAGGACAAGCCCUCGGAGGUGGAAAAAGGCGAAUUUGGAGUUGGGAACGCCACGUU